GUAAUAUGACAGAAAUUAAUGUGUCCAAAUAUGCAUUUUAAAAAAUUAUUUCUAAAUAACAGCUUUUAAUUUUUAAAAACUAAAUUUUAUGAAGACGUAUAUAUAUGCCUUUGCAAUAUUGUAUGUGUAGAACAAUACACAUGCGUUUCAGUGCAUUUCAACUGCGAAAAGAACAAGAAGGUGCAGUUAGAAAAUCCAGUCCGAUAGAUCUUUAUUUACCAAGCGUGUCGAAGAAUUUUGCUGCGUGAGAAGUUUCUUGCGAUUUUUGCGAUGUUUACUGAUUUUUUAUAUUAUAACUUAUUAAAUGUAAAUUAAAUACUCAAUCAAGUAUUCUCAUAGUAUUGUAUCUCAUAGUAUUGAUAGUAUAAUCUUUCUCUGGAAGUACACGUGUUGAGUAUUUGUGAAUUUAAUAUUUUAUUAAAGAAUGGCUAGUACAACAACUGUAAGUAUGGAAAAUAACUCCACCAAAAAUGGAAACAAUGCGGAAAUAGAAAAACAGCUUAAGGAGAGAGCUGAAAGGAAUCGUCAGAGAGCACUUUUGAUAAAAAAAUCUAAGAUUGUAACUCAUCCGUAUGCGAGGGAAAAUGGUGACUCUACAACAACAGGAAGAUCGAUAAAAGUUCAAGGGCAACGUGUUAUCGAUAGUGGUGGAGGCUUUUUGAUAGAAGAAAAUGAUGAAUUAGAACAGCAAAUGCUGAAGAUUCGAACAGAACCGGAACCUGUAAUCGGUCAAUUUAAUGAGUGUGAGGAGUGUCAACAGAAAUUCGGAGAAUCAUAUCUUUUGCAGACGUUUGAGCUGUCUGUCUGUGACAAGUGCAGAGAUAAGGAGGGAAAGCACUCUUUAAUCACCAAAACUGAAGCUAAACAAGAGUACUUAUUGAAAGACUGCGAUCUCGAUAAGCGGGAACCUAUACUGAAGUACAUAAUACGAAAGAAUCCUCACAAUGUGAAUUGGGGUGAGAUGAAGUUGUAUCUGCAUUUGCAGAUAGAGCAAAGAGCUUUAGAAGUCUGGGGUACAGAAGAGAAUCUGUUGAAAGAGAAAGAAAUGCGCGAUUCAAAGCGUGAGGGAGCCAAAAUCAAGAAAUUCAAUAAGAAGAUCAAACAGCUGCGAAUGCAAGUGAGAAGUUCGAUGUACGAUAAGACAACAAAGGCGUCGCACGUUCACGAGUUUGGAAAGGAUACGUAUAACGAAGAGGACGAUACUUAUACACAUACUUGCAAAAUGUGCAGUUAUGAGGAAACGUAUGAAAAAAUGUGAAUAUUAUUCAUAUUUUAAAUUGAAAUAAUUUGAUAUCGUUUUAUCUACACAAAUUCUCGAAUGUGUUAUGGAUGAAUAUUAUAGAUGAGUCACGAAAUCAAUUUUUUCUCACCAAAACUUGUUAGAGCUAUGCUUGUAGUAUAUAUAUUCUGUUACUGAAUACCUUUGCAUCCUUUUUUAUAUUGUUUCACAGAAUAAAAUAAAAUAACUUUU